GCCGUGCCGAGAGAGAGGGGACCGGCCAGGGCAACAUGCCGCUGCUCCAGCUGUUGUUUUUCCGCCAGUCGCGCGGUCGCCUUCCGCCAUGGCACUCGCUGCGUACGUCCUGCUGGCGUUCGCUGCCCUCAUGGGGACGAUGUCUGCGGCGGAGGAGUUCGUGACUGUGCGGGUGUCCGAGGGCUUGGUGCGCGGCCGCAGGGCCACCACCGUGCAAGGCGGCUCCUACGUCAGCUUCCAGGGCCUGCCCUACGCCCGCCCUCCUGUCGGGGAACUUCGCUUCGAGCCCCCGCAGCCGGCAGAGAGCUGGUCAGGUGUGAGAGACGCGCUGUCAGAGGGCGCGGCCUGCAUCCAGUACAACCUGAUCGUGCGCCAGCUAAUCGGCAGCGAGGACUGCCUCUACCUCAACGUGUACACCCCACAGGUGCCAAGCGGAGAUGACAGCACAACAAAGCUGCCAGUGAUGGUGUGGCUACAUGGGGGUGGAUUCGUUGAAGGCUCUGGCACGGCGGCAGCACAUGGCCCUGACUUCUUGGUUGACAGUGGUGUCAUACUCGUCACCGUCAACUACCGGCUUGGUGUCCUCGGUUUCCUGAGCACUGGAGACUCUGUGGUACCUGGAAACAUGGGCCUCAAGGAUCAGGUUGCAGCCUUGCGUUGGGUAAAGGACAACAUCAUUAAUUUUGGUGGUGAUCCCAGGAAUGUAAUUUUGUCUGGUGUUAGUGCUGGAGCUUCAUCUGCUUUCAUGCAUAUGAUGUCACCCUUAUCAAAAGGUUUAUUUCACCGUGUUAUAGCUAUGGGUGGCUCACCAUUAAAUCCUUGGUCAUUCUCAGAAACAGCCAAGGAACGAUCUCACUGCCUUGCAGAACACUUUGGCCUUACAACAACAGAUUCAAAAGAAUUAGUUAAGUUUCUGAGAACUAUCCCUGCAGAAAAGUUUCCACAAGCAAUGAAACAUGCUCUGAGUGAUGAGGACAAGGAACGGCUGUUUAUGUUCGUUUUUGUACCCUCGGUGGAGCCAAAUGUUGAGGGUGCCUUCCUUACAGAGCAUCCAGCAGAUAUAUUGCACAAAGGCGAAUACUUAAAUGUGCCUCUCCUUACUGGUGUUGCCAGCAGGGAAGGGAAAUUUCUGAUGAAAUGGACUGGUCUGGCAGAUGAUCCAGAGAAAGUGAAGAAUCUCAAUGAUAAUUUUAUAAAAGUUAUUGGUCCAGAUCUUCGUUUACACAGCAAAGCAGAGAGAGAGACUGCAGCAAACAAAAUAAGGGAAUUUUACUUUGGUGGAAAACCUGUGACCAAUGAAACCUUUGAAGAACUUGUGGAUCUUUUAAGUGAUAUAUACUUUCUAGAGGGAAUGAACAGUACAGUUUCAUCCAUGGCAACUAAAGCAGAAUUCCCUAUUUACUUCUACCGUUUCAGCUAUGAAGGAACCUUAUCACCUAUUUCUGUCUUCACAUAUAAUGGUGUAGCUGGUGCCUCACAUGGAGAAGAUGGUGGUUACUUAUUUACUAUGGGAGAGACACCUCUAAACCUCAGUCCUGAAUCUGAUGAACAUAAAGUUCGGAAAAUGAUAGUUAAAAUGUGGACCAAUUUCAUGAAAUCUGGUGUACCAACUGAAGAGCCUUAUGAUGAUGACCUCAACAUUAUCUGGCCAAAGUAUACAGUUAAAGAACACGAGUUUUUGGAUAUAAAUGUGAAAUCAUCCAUACAGAGGGAACUGGAACCAAAACGUCUUGGUUUCUGGAGAGGGAUAUUCCCAUCUUCAUGAAAAGUUGUGGAACUGAAAACCCAAGCUAAAGCAUGUGUUUGAAGACAGUAUUGCAUAUAAUAAAACUUUUGGUGCAGAAGUGAAAGUUAAUCUGUUUUUCCCAAUGUCUUUUAAAAUCAGAGAUGAUAAUUUGUAUUGCAACCAUUUUUACCCUUUCACUGUAUUGUGGGUGGGAUACUUUAAGUGCAACCUUCACACAGACUGCUAACAUUCUGCUACAGGAAAUUUUUUGGAAGUGUUAAAGAAACACUCACAUUUUGAUUUUCAGACACUGUUUAUGGACAUCUAAAUUAUUUCCUCUCAAGAAAAUUCUGGUAUAUAGAACUGCAGUAGUUGACACUUUUCCAACAUAAAUUUUAAAAUGUUGAUAUUUAUUAAUGUAUAUUAAUUCUAAUUGUGGAGCAUUGUUUGAUCAAAUAUCUUUCAAACAAGAUUGAAAUUCAUUUUAAUAUCAUUACCUAAUGCAGGAACUGAAAUACACAUUCCACUGAACAGCUAGAGACAAUUACAAAAAGGUCACAGUGGAAAGAUUGUAUGUAGUACACUGAUGCCUCAAAAAUGAGCACCAAUGGAUGUUUAAAAUAUGAAGCCAGGAAAGUUAGAAGGAAAAAAAUAUGUAUUGUAUUGUUCUAUUGAACCUCAUCAUCAUUUUUGUACAUAGUUACAGACUGGUAUAGAACAAGUCAGUAUUACGAGAAGAUCAGAUGUGACAAUUAAUGUGAUGAACAUCAACAGUACAAUUAUUACAAAUAUACAAGAGUUUACAUACAAAGAAACCUGCAAGCAAAUUAUUACUUUCACAUAACUGUACUUAGUUUUCUUUUACAAUUCAGAAUGUGAUUAAACCUCAAUAAAUGUAAAUGCAUGGAUACUCUUAAUAAGACCACAAAAAAGCAAUAGGAUGUUUACUAUUCUUACGGAAGCAUGUUAUCUUAGUUUACAUCAUCAUAUCUUUUUGCACAAAAGACAGAAAUGCACAAUACAUCAUUGUCAUCAGCUUAUGAAUUUAUAACAAUUGAUCUAGUUUUAAAAUGUUUACAACUUAUGCAGUAUGUUUGUGACCAUAGUUUACAAUUACAGCUUUUUGUGUAAAAGACACAAAUUUGAAAAUUAAAAGAUAUUACAAUUUAUGACAUCAAGAUGAAAAUGUGUUGUAUGACAUCCUAGUUCUUUAAGCUAACAUUUAUUUAUUUAUACUGUAAGAACAAGUACUAAGGAGAUAGAUAUGUACAGGUCCUAGAAUUUUGCUGUCUGUUUUUACUGCUCCACAAGUAACACAGUCUAUACAAAUUUUUCACUACUGCUAUUCAGUACAAUAAUAAUGUAUACACUUAGGUUUUAACCUGAUAGCAACACUAUAACACUUCUGCAGUAGGUAAGUAUGUACAACUGCUUUAACUGCUGAGAUAUUUUUCAUCAUAUUGAUGUUACAGGGUAGUUUGUUGUAUACAGCUUGUUUCCUACUUGGAAUGGUCCAUUUUGUUUCAGUGUUAUAUUUGAAUAAUGAAGAUGUAUAGCCUGGUUUCUUCUUGUGUUAUACAAGUGAAUAUCAUGGUUUCUAACUACAAGUUGGUUAUUAUCAUCUAAUUUUUUCCUUAUAAAAGUAUUACUUAGAAAAUAUAUAAACAAGAUGAAGUACAGUCGUAUUUACCCAUUCAAAUACUCCCUCGGUAGCAGCAACUCUGUCAAAUCUGGCUGAAAAGUGAUUGUCACAAGUAGGCUAUUUUAAAAUGAUAUGGUCCACACCAGAUUUACAGUCCAAAUACAUUAAUUGCACUUCAGUAUGAGAUAGCCUACAGUUAUGGCCAGAUCGAGUCUCUUCUGUUAUAAUUUAUACACAGAUGAACAGAUAGCCACAUACUAUACUAGACUCAGUUGAUGAUUGUUUGAGUACAGUAACCCAACAUUGAAGUGGCAUAUGUUUAGGUGUGGCAGACAUUUAAUUAAAUCAGUCACUAAUUAAUGUUCUCAAACUAUUGUUCUUGAAAUCUAACUAUCAAAC